GUCAUUAAUAUUAUAUUAGGUUAUAAAUUAAGUUAUUAUAAAUAAUGUUUUCCUUAGAUGAUUAUAGGUUGGAAUGAUGUUGGAUUUCAUGGUUUAAAUCAAAUACCUACCCCAAAUAUUGAUGCUUUAGCUUAUUCUGGAUUAAUUUUAAACAAUUAUUAUGUAACUCCUAUUUGUUCUCCUUCAAGAAGCUCUCUGAUGACAGGAAAAUACCCUAUACAUACCGGAAUGCAACACUCGGUAUUAUAUGGAGCAGAAGCUAGAGGUUUACCACUGGGCGAAAAGUUAUUACCACAGUAUUUAAAGGAAUUGGGAUAUACUAACCAUAUUGUUGGAAAAUGGCAUCUGGGUUCAUAUACAAGGAAAUAUUUACCUUUAAAUAGGGGAUUUGAUUCACAUUUAGGAUAUUGGACUGGCCAUCAAGACUAUUUUGAUCAUACAGCAGUUGAAAAACCUGGUUUUGGUUUGGAUAUGAGACGUAAUAUGAAUAUUGCAUACGAUUUACAUGGACAAUAUUCAACUGAUGUUUUUACCGAUGAAUCUGUUAAAAUAAUAAAUAAUCAUAAUGGAAGCAAUCCACUGUUUUUAUAUUUAGCACAUGCAGCAGUACAUUCUGCAAACCCAUAUAAUCCAUUACCAGCACCAGACAAGAUGGUUGAAAAAUUUGACUACAUUCAAAAUUACGAUAGAAGAAAAUUUGCAGAUAGAGUUGUAAGAGCGAUAAAAAUUUCUCCAUUCCAAGAAACAAUAGAAAGUAACAAGAGAAAGAAAGUUUGUGUCACUGGAACCACAUCUCUUAUCACACCCCAGCUCGCUGCUACGCUUGACAGGGCUAAUUUCUGCGAAGGGCGAGGCAAAAUGCUCGUGCCGAGAUAUAUACAAAUAUAA